GCCUGCCUGCGUGUGCCCAGCUAGCCCACCACGCACCUGCCUGUGGCCGCCUGGAGAGCGACUGCCCCGCGGAGCCCAGCUGUGAGCCAGAAAUAACGGAUUCUGCGGUACACUGCCUGCUUCCAGCACUGCACGACCACUUCCCCCCCACCCAUCACAACGACAAAGACGACGACGCCGACGAGCAUCACGCACCCGUCGCAUUUCCAUCUUCCCGGCUGCUUUCGAGGACAGUCGACGACAAGACCCAAAAACACGCCAGAUUGCACCGCCAGGGCCACCCGGCCGACUUGCAAACACACACUCACAAACACACACACGCAACCGCAAUCAUGGCGACGAAGCCGAGAGACUGGGCCGACGACGACGAGGGCGACGAGGUCGUGCAGGAGCUGCCCCCUCCCCAGACCAUCCAGAACAAGGACGGCACCAAGACCACCAUCACAUAUGCCCUCAACGAGCAGGGCCAAAAAGUAAAGACCACCCGCCGCAUCCGCCUCGUCACACACCGCGAAGUUGUCAACCCCCGCGUCGCCGAGCGCAAGACAUGGUCCAAGUUUGGCCUCUCCGAGAAGGAUGGCGCCGGCCCCCAGCCCGACACAACCUCGGUCGGCGAGAACAUCAUCCUCAAGCUCAGCACCAACUGGAAGAAGGACACCAAGGACGAGGCCAAGGACGCCAACGCCAACGCCAUGAAGGAGAAGCUCAAGGACAAGACCGUCAAGUGCCGUAUCUGUAACGGCGAGCAUUUCACCGCCCGCUGUCCCUACAAGGACACCAUGGCCCCCGUCGGCGCCGAGGGCUCUGCCGACCCCGCCGCCGGCAUGCCCGACGACGGCGCGUUCAACGGCGGUGCGGCUGGCAAGAAGGGCAGCUACGUGCCCCCCGCGCUGCGCGGCGGGCCGGGCGGCGCUGUGGGCGAGAAGAUGGGCGGCGCGGGCGGCAAGUUUGGCGAGCGGGACGACUUUGCCACCCUGCGCGUCACCAACGUGUCCGAGAUGGCCGAGGAGAACGAGCUGCGCGACAUGUUCGAGCGCUUCGGCCGCGUCACCCGCGUGUUCCUUGCCAAGGACCGCGACACCGGCAUGGCCAAGGGCUUUGCAUUCAUCAGCUUCGCCGACAGGACGGACGCCGUCAAGGCGUGCAACAAGAUGGACGGUUAUGGUUUCAAGCACUUGAUUCUCAGGGUAGAGUUUGCCAAGAAGGCCGCCACGUAAGGAGGCUUUUAGUGGGUUCUUUGAGGAAUAGAAAAAAGGGUAUUCAACGGUUCGACGAUUUUUUUCGAUACUGCCAUCUUAUGCAGUCUGUUUUGUGUGUUUGUCAUGCACAUCCGGGGAAAUCAUACCUCGCUGACGUAAAGACGGGAGAAUCCGAUAACUGGGUUUGGGCGGAGGCGGGAAUGAAUUUGAAAAAAGAUGUUCAUAAAACGAUGAUCCAGACCUCUCUUCGUCGCGCAGGUCGAGUGAAAAAUGCUCAAGUUGCUAAUGGACGACGAUGUCAUGCUCGCAACGAGAGCGAAGCAUUCUCAACUCAG